AUGACGCAGGCUAUAGUGGUUGCUCCCACGUCUUUUCUUCCUAGCACUUGGUCUCUCCCGGAUGGGGACUUUGUGAAGGUCAGUUUUGAUGCUCCACUCUCUUCUUUAGGGAUGAUAGGUCUAGCUUAUGUUGCUCGUGACAAAUAUGGUUUGGUGUUGGUUUCAGCAACCUCUUCCCCAAUGAAGGCUUUCUCUCUAGUGGUGGCGGGGGCUUUGGGUUUGCCAGGGGCUUUGGGUUUGCCAUGGGCUUUUGUCCACAAAGUUGCAGAGAUACUAGUGAAAAGAGCUCUAUCAGAAGCAUUGAUACUACUGAGAGUGAUUCUGUGGUUGUUGUCAACAAGGUUGGGCACUUUGCUGCUAUGUGGGUCUCUCUGUCUGAGCAAAAGUUGGCCCUUCAUCACCAACUUCUCAAACAUUCCUUUGGACAAAAGACAAAAAGUUGUUCAGAAAUGGCACAAGCAUCGGUUCCUCACACCCAUCAGACUUGCAUUUGUUUACAUCAAAACCCUUUGUCUCUUUGUUUUCUUCUCUCAGUGUAAUGACAAAGGUGAGAAUCCAGCAUGGGAAGCUAUUGGAUAUCAGGUUGACACUGCUGAUGAGAUAACAAGCAAUGUGAACAAAGAGAGGCCUCUUGAGAAGGGAAUUGUAGAAGCUAUGACUGAGAAUAACUCGAGUUUGCCUCGGUCGCUUGCGCAGAAAGGUCUUGAAAUCGAUAUAGAUGCUGAAAACAACAUCCUCAAAGUCAAAUGUGAUGUGGUAAUUGUUGGGUCUGGUUGUGGUGGAGGAGUUGCAGCUGCUGUUCUUGCAAGCUUAGGCCUGAAAGUGCUGGUUCUUGAGAAGGGAAACUACUUUACUCCCAGUGAUUACUCUUCUCUAGAAGGUCCUUCUUUUAAUGAGCUUUACGAAUUAGGAGGAACUUUAGCAUCAUCUGAUGGUAAAGUGGCAAUUCUGGCUGGUUCAAUUGUGGGUGGAGGCUCUGCUGUUAAUUGGGCAGCAUGUAUUAGAACACCAGAUCAUGUGCUUAAGGAAUGGGCAGAGGAUCACAAGUUAUCACUCUUUUCAAGCCAUGAGUACCUUUCUGCCAUGGACAUGGUGUGUAAAAGGAUCGGCGUAACGGAUCAAUGUGCUGAGGAAGGGCUCCAGAAUCAAGUUCUCCGAAAAGGUUGUAAGAAACUCGGUCUUCAAGUUGAUUACGUGCCGAGAAAUUCAUCAGAGCAUCAUUACUGCGGGUCUUGCAACUUUGGUUGUAGAAGAGGAGAUAAACAAGGGACUGAGGUUACAUGGCUUGUGGAUGCUGUGGAUCAUGGUGCAGUGAUACUAACAAGAUGCAAAGCUGAAAAGUUCAUAUUGGGAGAUAACAAGGAAGGACGCGUGAGACGAAAGAAAUGCUUAGGAGUGAUGGCAAAUGUCUUAACAGAUAACAUCACAUGGAGACUGCAAAUUGAGGCCAAAGUAACAAUCUCGGCAUGCGGGGCUCUUUCAACACCCCCUUUGAUGAUCUCAAGUGCAUUGAAGAAUAAGAACAUUGGUAAAAACCUUCACCUGCAUCCAGUGCUAAUGACAUGGGGAUAUUUCCCAGACUCAAUUCCUGAUCUCAAGGGUAAAAACUAUGAGGGAGGAAUAAUUACUUCUAUCCACAAGGUGCUAUCUGAGGACUACUCCAAAGUAAAAGCUAUAACUGAAACUUCAGCAGUGGGACCGGGAUCUCUUUCCGUGCUGAUUCCUUGGGUGUCUGGACUUGACUUCAAAGAAAGAAUGCUCAGAUAUUCUAGGACUGUUCAUUUCAUCACAAUUAUAAGGGACAAGGGUUCCGGAGAAGUUAAGACUGAGGGUCGGAUAAAGUACGAGUUAGACGAAUCUGACAAAGAGAACAUCAACGAAGGAGUGCAGCAGGCACUGAGAAUUCUAGCAGCAGCCGGAGCAGUUGAAAUAGGUACUCACAGAAGUGAUGGCCAGAGAAUUGAGUGUAGUGGGAAUAAUGAGAAGGAAUUGAAGAAAUUUUUGGAAUCAGUGUCUGCAAAAGGAGGGCCAAUGUCUCAUGAAGAAAUUUGGAGUUUGUAUGCCUCUGCACACCAGAUGGGGAGCUGCAGGAUGGGCGUGACCGAAAAGGAAGGUGCAGUCGAUAAGAACGGGCAGAGUUGGGAAGCAGAAGGCCUGUUUGUGUGUGAUGCCAGUCUGUUUCCAACUGCAAUUGGUGUUAAUCCCAUGAUCACAAUCCAGUCUACUGCAUAUUGUAUCGCGAAGAGAAUCCCAGAACUUUUGAGAAUGGAAAAGAAGUAGCAGGUAUUUUGUUCUUUCUUUCUUUCAAGCAAGUAUACCAUGCCAGUGUAGAUCAAUAAAUUAUGGCUCCCCAGCAUCCUUUUAUAGUUCCUAUGGUCUCUCAAU